GACGCAUCACGUUAAUGUAGCUGUUUCCACCUUCCACAAUCACAGGCAUUACACAACACCAACACAGAUCUCUAUACUUGCAAUCCAUGGCGACCUUAGACGAAAUUAUGCAAAUCAAACCGAAACCAGUGCCGAAACGUUUCGUCAAAAACCAAAUCCCAGAAACUACCCUAAACGACUCAUCUCUCAAUGCCGCCAUCUCCCUCUUGCCCUCCAACUACAACUUGGAAGUCCACAAGUGUGUCUGGCGCAUCCGCUCCACCAGAGCCAAGCGUCUCGCUCUCCAGCUCCCUGAGGGCCUGCUUAUGUAUUCGCUUAUUCUUUCGGAUAUAUUCACCGCCUUCGCCGGCGUUACCCACUGUUUCGUCCUCGGCGACGUCACUUAUGGCGCCUGUUGUGUGGACGACCUCUCCGCCUUGGCGUUAGGUGCUGAUCUUCUAAUUCACUAUGGCCAUAGCUGCUUGGUCCCCAUCGAUGCUACGAAAGUUCCUUGCCUUUACGUUUUUGUUGACAUUAAAAUCGAUGUUGAGCGCCUGAUUAGCACCAUCAAACUCAAUUUGAAUGAUAAAAAAAGCAUUGUUCUCGCGGGUACUAUUCAGUUCGCAUCUGCGAUUCGAGAAGCAAAGCCUGAGUUGGAAAAGCUGGGCCUUUCGGUUUUGAUCCCUCAAUCGAAACCCUUAUCUGCCGGUGAAGUUUUGGGUUGCACGGCACCCAGAAUAUCAUCGAAAUCUGUAAUUGGUAGUUUCAGUGACAUGGUUGUGGUAUUUGUGGCGGACGGGAGGUUCCAUUUGGAGGCGUUUAUGAUAGCUAAUCCUGAGAUUAGUGCGUUUAGGUAUGACCCAUAUCUGGGGAAGCUGUUUCUUGAGGAAUAUGAUCAUCAAGGAAUGAAGGAGACGAGGAAGAGGGCAAUAGAGAGGGCAAGGGAAGCCAAGAGUUGGGGGAUUGUGUUGGGCACAUUGGGAAGGCAAGGCAAUCCGAGGAUUUUAGAUAGGUUGGAGAAGAAGAUGAGAGAAAAACAUUUUUCUUAUACCUUUGUUUUGAUGUCAGAGAUUAGUCCUACCAGGAUUGCCUUAUUUGAGCAAUCUGUGGAUGCUUGGAUUCAGAUUGCAUGUCCUCGGCUCUCUAUUGAUUGGGGAGAGGCAUUUGAGAAGCCUCUUUUGACACCUUUUGAAGCAGAGAUUGCUGUUGGGGAUUUACCAGGUUGGUGGGAGAAGGAUAAGAGUGUAGUGGCAAACUCAGGGUGUUGCAAUGGUCUUGGAUGUGGGCACAGCAAUGGAUUGUGUUCUGGAUGUGGCAAUGAAGCUGCAAAGGAUGUAAAGGGUGUAGGUGAUUCUUUUGCUGGUGAUUAUCCCAUGGAUUUCUGUGCUCAGGAUGGUGGGGAGUGGAAUUCCUCUUAUUUGAAGAAAGCAACUCGCCUUAUAAGAAGAAAUGUGGUGUCCUCUACCAGUGAUGGUGCUGCUUUGUAGCAUCACUACCUCUUAAGGAUUGUAUUACACGUGCUUUGUAGCAUCAUUAGCCCAUAAAGAUUUUAUUACAAGUGGUGUGUGCAUAUGCCCAUCAAUAAUUCGCAAGAUUUCUUCUGAAUCACAAUGAAGACCAGGAAUUGAAUUGGACAUCUGAAUCAUUUCCAACAGAAUCCCUGAAUUGUCUCUUGUAGUUUCUCUUAAUCAAUUAUUUAUGAAAAUAUCUCCUCGUCAGUUGCGGUAGACAAAUUGAAUAUGGAAAGCUUUUUCAUGUAAUAUGAGAAGCUAUCGAGAAGAUGAGGCGAGUAUAUCUACUCCCAGGAAGCUGCUGGCAUCAAGCCACACAGAAUCAAAAGCACAUAUCCAAUGGCGGUAAAAUUUGCAGUGUGUAAAAUGUCCCCAGCAUCUGCCUGUGGUGUUCAGCUGAUCCUAUCUCCUCUAAGUUAGCUUCAGCACAUCAUGUUUCUCAAGUUAUUCUCAGAUGGAUGCGCCAGCUACAACGUACAGCAGCAAGGUUUGCUUGAAGAGGUCAUUAUUACUCAUGACUGAAUAGGGGUGAGCAUCGGUUGGUUCAGUUUGGAAAAUCAAAUAUCCAAAUAAACCAAAAUUUUUAGCAGGCCAAACCAAACAGAAUUAGGGAGAAAAUUGAAAAAUCGAAUCAAAUUGAAAAAAUUAAAAUUUUUAGCAGACUAGACCAAAUCAAUCUGAUUUGGUUUAGUUUGAUUCAAUUUUAUUUAUCAAUUGUGGUUUCAUCUUGA